AUGCCCGAGGUCUCCAGACAAGAGGCCGAGAGCAGCUACCAGAAGGCGGCCGGCGCGGAGCUCGCGCGCGACUUCGACAAAGCGUUUCGCCUCUACGUCCACCGUCGCUCCGUCGACGACCGCGCCCGCGCGCAGCACAAGGCGGAGGCCGCGAAAGCGCUCGAGCGCGCGGAAAAGAUCAAGGCCGUGAAGCAAGACGUCCGCCCCGUCUCCAAGGACGAGUUCUCCGAGAGCGAGCAGCUGUACGUCCUCCAGAAGUCCGCCGUCAAUCAGGGGCACUUUCCCCUGUGGGACGCCCCCGAUAAGCCAUCGUGCUCAUCACAGCAGCCGCCGCUGUCCGCAGAGCAAGUCGCGCACGGUGCGGUCUGGCGCAGGCCGGCCGUGCUGCCGCCGCAAGCCCUCGAGCCCGAGGACAUCGUGCAGCACAUCGUAUCGGAUUGCUCGGUGUGCGCGUCCAUGGUGAUCGCGACGGAUCACCGUCGACGGUUCCGCACGAAGAUGAUUCUCUCGUCGCUUUUCCCCCAGGACGCGACCGGAUUUCCAGCCCCGUCGGCCACCGGGAAGUAUCAGCUUCGAAUACUAUACAACGGCGGCCACCGGCGUGUACGCAUAGAUGAUCAACUACCAUCAUACCCUGACGGGCCGCUGAUGUGCGUGUCCACUGGAUCCAAAGGACAGCUGUGGCCCUCUCUCGUGGAGAAAGCGUACAUGAAACUGGCAGGGGGCUACGAUUUCAUUGGCUCCGCACUGGCAGGAUGGAUACCCGAGGCGCUUGAUAUCCGCACAUGCGUGGCUACGUUCGGGACUGGCCAACGUAUCUCCACCGGCAACCUCCCGAUCUCGCUUCUGCCGACCCAUUGCUACGCCAUGAUUGGAAUAACUAACUCGGGAGAAGACCGGAGAGCCAUUGUCUUCGACCCCUGGACAACUGAUCUCACGCUGUGUAUAGGAGCUGUGGAGCUGCCCAUCGAACUUCUUUUCUCCUUGUUCGAUGGCCUCUAUCUGAGCUGGAACCCUGAAACGUUCAAGUACCAGCACGCCUUCCACUGGUUACCACCUGUGCGCAAUGCUCUUUGGAUUCUCAUCCUUCCUCGUCUCAAUCGCAUCUCACCCGCAGCGCACUAUCGCACUCACCUGAAGAUCGACGACACCAAUGGCGCUCGGGAAGGCGAGGAGGUCUGGAUUUUACUCACACGCCAUCUGCGAAGCCACCGGUCUCAGGAGGAGUUCAUCGCGCUCACGGCCCACACCGGGAGCGGGGCAGCUUCGGCCACGAUUCCAGUACUACGUCUACCAAUCUCGCCAUCCGAGCAACUCAUCACCCUUGUAGCUUCAUACGAGGGCGAGCGCGAUGACGUCGGUUUCACGCUAACCGUUUACGCGAACUCCCGAACGAUGUGGGUCCAUGCGCCCCAAGAGCUGCUCUAUUCGAAAGAUAUCGAGGGUGCGUUCACGCAGAAGACCGCCGGCGGGAACCACACCUAUCCCACCUACUACCUCAACCCUCAAUACCACCUGCGCGUGCAUCCGCCGCGCCGCCCGACGUCGUCCAGCGGGCGCAGAGCGACGAGCCACCGACCGCCACGUCCCGUCAACAUGGUCCUCGCGUGGUCCCAAGGCGGGCGCAUCAACGAGCUCGGCCACAACGACCUCGCGCUGUCUUCGGGCGCGUACAGCUACGGCUACGCGCACGCCGCCGGGCGCAUCCCCCCGGGCGACUACACGCUCGUCAUCUCCGCGUUCGAGCCGCGCCACAGCGGCAAGUUCGGGCUGCGCGCGGAGUGCUCGGACCGCUUCGAGCUCACGCCCGUGCAGCAGGAGGGCGCGGGCAUGUUCAGCAAGCUCGUCCGCGGCGAGUGGUGCGUCUCCGUCGUCCGCCGCACAUCGCCACUCGGGCCCAUACUCCGACGCGGUGUCGGGCGUGCUGAUCGAGAACGUGACGCUGCAGCAGGGGCGCUACUGGUCGUGCCGUCGACGUUCCACGCCGGGGUCGAGGCGGGGUUCCGGCUGCUCGUGUACAGCAACGUGUCGGGCGUGGCACUCCAACCGGCGGAACGGUAG